AUGCCUGGGAACCAAAACUUGCGCGAGCUUCUCGCAGCCAUGGGUGCGCCUGUCGUCCUGGGCUCGCGCAUGAGCGAGGACACGCUCGAGCGCAAGCUACGCGUCGUGCUUGAUUAUGCGCAGAAUAUGUCGGCGUUUGCGGAUAUGAUGCCGGUCAACCCUUCCCAACUUUCUAUCUGGCAGAAGCCGGACGGGGAGGCUGCUUCUCAGGCGUUCAAGCGCACGAGCGUUGCGGAGUUAGCGGGACAGCAGACAGGGGUGGAGACCAGGCUUGACGUGAACGGCAAUGAAGUGUCGAUGGUGUCACGGAAUACUAUCGUCGUCGUCUGUGAGAUGCUCGCGUCGCUCGCGGAGCUCUAUGAACAAGGUUUUCGCGUUGCACUCUUCCAAGAUGAGGGCCAAGGCUUCACCAUAGUCGUGCGCAUGCUCGGUGUAUACGCCCUCAACGCGCAGACACCCAUCAUGCCUCUCCUUUACGAGAUCGCAGAAACACCCGAGGCGAUGAAGGGGCCCAAGAUCGCGCAGUUCAUGGAGACACAGCUGCAAGGUGGCGAAGGCGGACAGCUCGUCUGCAAUCUUCAGGAGCUGGCCCUUAUACACCACUUGUUGCAACUCAACUCGUCCAACGUCGCUCCGGAAUACGAAUUCAGUCUCGCGCCAGACCAGCGUGCGUUCCGACGGAGCUUCAUCAUCCCGCUGGGUCCCCUCGAUGCCUUGCAAGUCGCGAAGGUCACGCAUAACCCUGGAUGUGCUGUAUGUGGCUCGGCGGCGGUGAAGACUUGUUCGGGCUGCAAGAUAGAGAGGUACUGCAGUUCAGCUUGCCAGAAGGCGCAUUGGAAGCAUCACAAGGAGUUCUGCCGAUACAUGCAAGGCGGAACCUGGACGGACUUCAUCUUCGCCGAUGCGCCUAGCUUGAACGGUCAAAAGCUCGUCGGCACGCUCAUAGACACAUCUUCCUCUGCAUUCAAGCUUAAAAAGCCGAAAAUGCACGGAGGAGACGAAGACUCGGAUGCGCCGCAGAACAAACACGGCGACAAGGCGUUCCUCAUCAAGAUUCAACGUCUCAAGGAUAACAUCGGGAUGCCAGAACUGCCACCAUUCCACCUGUUCUACGACCGGUUCCGCACUACAAAGGGUUAUCUUGAGCCAGAGAGCAAUGAGGUUGCUUGGCCAGCGCUCGAGGGAGCCAUGCUGCCUGGGCUCAACGUCAAGAUGUACUGCUGGGCGCGGCGCGUUGGAGAAUGGGGCUUGAGUAUCUGCCUUGAUCGUCAUCCCCAAGACGCUGAGAAGACAGCUUGGUGA